UCAGAACGGGGUAAAAUUAAAAACAAAAAAAAAACCCUCAAAGCAAACCUCAGGCGUCGGGGCUGGAAAUUUUUCGUGUCUCGUUUGGAAAAGUCGAAUGAAGUGCCCGCGGGCGUGUGUUUUGUGUGAUUCCGGCUUUCGAUGGAUUCUGUCGGUGAUGGAGUUGCGAGAUGUGUUGUGCCGUACCGUGCAUUGUUGAACGAGCCGAACCAAUAGUCGGUGGUGGUGGUGGUGGUGUUACUUUUGGUGCUAGUGCAAUUGAUUAGACGCUUCCGUUUCUUUUUUCUUGCUUCUUCGCUACUGUUAAGGUGGUGGGGGCGGUUUGUUGUUGCGUUUGAUCAGACAAGGGCCUGGCUGGCAGCAAAACUGUGUAUCGUUAUUGUUGAAUUGUUUGUGGGCAAGCAUUUGCAAAGUGCAUUAUUUGUGUGUGACGCGCUUGUGACAGUCCUUUUCCUCCCGCUGUGUGUUUGUUCGCAUCAAGUGAGCUUGGCGGGUGUUUGCUUCGUAGGUAACAGUGUGCGCGCGUGUAAUUGUGUGCGUGUGUGUGUGUGCAUUUGUGGAGGGGUGGUAGUCGCCAAAACGGCAUGUGUUGAUGUACAAAUUGUGCAAAAAAAAAAAGAUGAUAAACAACAAAGCGAAAAGAGGUUAACCUAGCGCGGGAAAAGUGCGGUAUCAGUUGUGGCGCGUAUCGCGCUGUCUUCUAGUCAUUUACACCCAGCACAGUCCCGAACGCACGGUGGUGCUGCUCCGCUAGGGGACGAAUGCUGUGGUCGCAGCGGUCGUCCGAACCAGAACCAUUCCAGUGCAGCAAUGGCCGAGUACAAGAAGGUUUACUUUUCCGAGCUGUGCCGCCUGUGCGCGAGCAGUAAUGUGGCGCGGGUGGGCAUCUACUCGGAGGAGGGCCGCCGGAAGAAAAUACACAACAAGAUUACCGAAUCUUUGCGUAUAAAUAUCAACGAGACGGAUCGUCUGCCGAAAUCAGUAUGUACCGCCUGCCUGAAGCAGGUGGAAGCGCUCGAAGAGUUCCGCGAAACGGCCGUAAAGGCGCAAAGCUUGCUGGAAAGCUGUCUCAAUUCCCCGAGCGUAGAGAACGGUGGCGAAGUUUACAUCCGCGAUGUAAAGGCGAAGGAGCUGCCCCAGACGGUGGCACGGCCGCAGACAAGUGUGGUACAUAUCUCACCCUCGGUGCCGGUGGUUAGAACAGCGCAAGCGAAACAGCAGCAGCAGCAGCAGCAACAAAAACAACAGCUGCAGCGGCAACAACAGCAGCAGCAGCAGCAGCAACAGCAACAACCACAGCAGCAGCAGCAAAGACAACAGCAGCAACAAAUAAGUACCACGGCGCCGAUACUGAUAAACAGCGUGCCGAAAAGCGUGGUCCAAACGGUCAACGGCAGUACAGUGGGCACGGUGGUGAGCAAUGCCGGCACAGCCAUGCCAACGAUUUCGCUAACAACCGUACAGCAGCCGCCUGCUCUGAUGGCAGCAAACACCGGCAGUGACUUUCUCAGCUCGAUCAUACAGGCGGUUGGCAUCAAGACCGAUGGAGACAAUGCUAACCGAGCGGUGCAGGCGACGGUACAGCCACAACAGCUUCCGCAGUUAAACCAACCGCAAAUGCUGACCAUCCAGAAUCAGCAGCAACCAAACCAGCAGUACACGAUCAUGUUCGAUGGGCAGACGACGAUAAAGACGAACAACAACGUGCACUACAAGCUGGAGAAGGGUGCCCUCGUGCCGGUUACACCGAAACCGGCCGACGCACAACCGCAGACCACCUUUACACAGGUGGAUGAGUUUAUAAAAAUUAAAGCGAGUCCACCGAAAGCGGUCAAGCGUGAUUCUACGCAAAGCCUGAAGACUGACGAUGCGAAAAAGAGACGAAUCAUACAGAUCGUCAAACACCAGUCACCGACCCAGCCGUCGCCGCAGAAAGUGACCCCCAGCGUCGGUACCUUUACGAUCGAGGCACCCACCAUCACGUCGCCCGUUGCAGCCACGCCCGUCUCCUCGUCCGGCAUGCUCGUGUCCGGCAGCAACGCGACGGGAACGAUCUACACCAGCACACCGCAGAAGACGACGUACGCUUUGCCGGAAGUGAAGAUUGUACAGGGCAACAACAACAGAUGUAUUGUGCCGAUCGUGGUAAAGAACGAGAGCGCCACGGUCGAUGCUGGUGGGGCUGUCAGCAAUGCGACCAACGUUACCGUCACCGGCCAGCAGGUAAUAAACAGUGCACCGCAAAACCAGCAGAUACAGCUGUACAUGAAGGUCGAAACCGGCCCGGACGGUGUCGUGCGGUUGGCACCGGUGCAGCAUCCACCGCUAGCGAUGCAGCAAACGGCCAUUCCGCAGUACGGUAUGGCGACCAUUGGUACCGCCGCCGCCGGACAACCGGUCACUGCGACUAUGCCACCGAUGACGAUUAUAGGGCAGAGCCAGCCGAUGGUGCAGGCGCAGCUGCAGGGCGGCAAUUAUGUGACGCUAGUGGGAAAGACUUCCACGCAGCAAACGCAAACGCUCACGGACGCGAAUGGGCAGCAGACGAGCGUUGUCAUGACGACGCAGGUUCCACAGGCAACGCUGCAGCCGAUACAGCAGCAACAGCAACCGAUACAGCAGCAACAGCAGCAGCAGCAACAAAUGCAACAACAGCUAUUACAACAACAGCAGCAACAACAACAGCAGCAACAGCAACAACAACAACUACAACAGCAGCAGCAGCAACAACAACAACAACAGCAACAGAUACAAACACACAUCAUUAAGAAACCGCAGCAAACCACCAACGUUGCCACGCUGCAGAACCAGCAGCGUACCAUCAUAUCCCUCUCUACCGGCAGCAGUGUUACGGUCCAGAAGCAAGAGCACCGAACGGUCGCAACACCCCGCAAAGCCGCUCCACCCCGCCAGCCUACAUCGACCCCGCCAAAGCUAGCGCACGCCUCCACCGCCCCCAAGCAGACCGCCGCAACGAACGGUCAGGGUGCGAGCAGUCAUAAAGCGUCCAGCAGCAACAACUCCGCGCAGGGUGGCAAAGCCAUCAUCACGACUGGUCGUGCUGGUCACGUCAUCACGUCGACAACCAACAACAACAACAACAACAGCAACGCGUCAUUAAACAACAGUGCGUCGAGCGAUCACGAUAGCAGCGGCAACGAAAACUCCGAAUCGGAAGCGAACCGCAACGCCCAGUCGCUGAUGGCGUCGCAGCAGAUGAGCGCCAUCUCGGCGAUGUCGAGCAAGCAGGACGCCGUAUCGUCCGAUCCGCAGGCGAAAGCCGGCGCUGGCGGGGGCACGGGGGCCGGUGGCCCGGGUGGCCGCACGGCGGGCGAGGUCAGCAUAACGACGUGUGACGUGUGCCGGAAGACGUUCGGCCGGAAGGAGCAUCUGGUGCAGCAUCUGAAAUCGCACAUCGGGCUGCGGCCGUUCAAGUGCGAUUCGGAGGGCUGCAACAAGAGCUUCAGCCGGAAGGAGCACCUGCUGCGGCACACCGUCUCCCACACCGGGCAGAAGAUGUUCAACUGUGACAAGUGCCAUAAGCUGUUCUCGCGCAAGGAUAAUCUCAACAAGCACAGAAAGACGCAUCAAGACCAAGGCAACCCGGCGGCGUACAGCUGCAAUGUGUGCAAUAAGGACUUUUCGACCAAGAGCCAAUUUCUGAAGCACAGGGACACGGAUGGCUGCUACGAGGAGGAGGUUGAUACGCCGAAGCCGGUGCCACAGAAAAAACAACCACAAACGGUCAAGCAAGAGCCGAAACAGGAACGGGUGAAUACGGUCACCAUCCUCGAGACGAAACCAUCGCAACCACCGCCCUUAGCACACGUACCCGUCACGAAUGUCACCGUCUCCUCCGAUACGUCCCAACCGACGACGAUCGUGCAAACCGUUCCCAUAACCCUCUCCCAAGUGCCCAACUCCACGACCACGAUUCAGUUACCCAUUCCUGCGCAAGUUCAACAGCUGAUACAGCAGCAGCAGCAGCAACAACAGCAACAGCAGCACCAACAACAGCACCAUCAGCAACAAAACGGUACAACCACACAGCAGCAAAUAUUUACCAUCCCCGCCCAUAUACCCAACGCCAACGGGAAGCCGAUCAUUCACCAGCUGCAGAUCGCACUGCCGAGCGGCGUGACCGGCCAAUCACUAACCGUGUCCGGCACCAACACGGGCAACGUGCAGACGAUAACGAACGCACAGGGCGCUACGCUGGCCAACCUGGGCGGCCGGGCGACAAUUAUAAACUCGGUGGACGGCAACACGGUGUACACGCUGCCGUCGAACUUUGUCUUCGACACGUCGCCGAUCAUCACGACCAGCCGGCAGUCGUAAGUGGGCGGCGGGUGGAAUGGUUGAAUCUCCCGCACGUUCGUAGUCAGGAGGAGUAUGGUCUCUCUCUCGCUCUCUUUCUCUCUCGUUCGUUUUGCUAUCUCGUUUCUAUGUGUACAAGCAUACAUGUUUUGGGCUAGUUGGUGCAAAAUGCAAGGAAAGAGUUAUUGUAAUUAAUGUAUUAUUAGUAAGAUUGCAACACGUUGCGCACGACUUUUUAGAGAUUUCAACGGUAGAACGCUACUUAGUGGGAUGAGCCACUGGGGAGGUGUAUUUUGUGUAAGAUAUAAAAUUACUACAGGCUAACAGUCAACGGAACGCAAUCUACCACACACACACAUUAAGAGGAGCUUUGUGGUGUAUUUUAGAGUGAAGGUUUUCAAUCAGCUUAGGCGUUGCUUAUGCUUAUUUUUAUCCACCCUUCAAAAGAGACUUAGAUACAAACCAUUGCAUUUAAAGAACGACUCGUGUUGCCAUCUUGCCCCGUACAAAAAAUGCGCUGCGUUGGUUGAAGCUUUUUCGAUCAUUAGUUGAUCCGUUUCGCUUCUUCUAUACGUUAGUGUGUGCAUGUUUUUUCCCCUGUGUAUGUGUGUAUAUGUGUGCUUAUAUACGUAAACUGUGCGUAUGCAUGUACAGUAAGAGUAGGAUGAAAGUAAGGUGAGGGUUAGGCAGGCAUUUUACAGAUAGGACUUUUAGAGCAAGCCAACAAGCCCAGUUUUAUUUAACAGCAUUAGUAGUGUUCGGCACGUAAGGAUAGCAAAUAGAAGGCGUAAACCACAGAAGUAGAAGCUAAGCUAUAUGAAGAGAGAGAGAGAGGGAGCAUUGACAAAUCACCGACAUUGUGCUUUGUUUGGCUUUGUUUUACGAGCUAAUUUGCUGCUCAUUCUGUUGUACACAUUACCGCAAUGAUUUUAUGCUAUGGAAUAAGUGUGUUUCUAAUUGGCUGUAUAUUUUUGAAAUUCUUUUUGUGGGGUUUCCUACCCCGCACGCCGUAAAUUAUGGUCGCUUCUUAGUCGUACAUGUUCUAUUUUUUUUUUCAUUGUUUUGAAAAAUUGUAAAUUUUAUCGACCGACCACCAAUGUGCCGAUCGAAACAGGCAGGUGCAACGUACUAAGUAAAGCUAAUCGAUUAAUGUGUAGAUUAAUUUAUUAUCAUCUGUAAUCACGUUUAGAGCGCGGUAGGAGUAGUAGUAGUAGCAAGGGGUUAAAUAGGAUGCCCGUUUGAUUGCCGGAAGCGAAACGAUGCGAGAUCUCGGGGAGAUGCGUGAUGCUCACGCGUUCGCGCGUGCGCUUGUCUUCUCCUCUUCUCAGACACCUUGCCAGCCAAGGGGGUCGCGUGUGACGGUGGCGUUAAAAGAAAAGUAUAAUUAUUACUUUGUAAGUGAAACCAAAUAUAUGUACCUAAAAUGUA